AAGACGGGAUCCAUAGACGUUACUUUGUUGUGCUUCCUGUCUGAGUAAGGUCUUCGCUAGUUGUCAGUAAACUCCAGAAGGAAACAUGGAUGUGUUCCAAACGUCAUACUGCACUGUGUUGGAUAAAAAUAACCGGUCUAAAUUUAUUUUUUACACACGCACGAACAACGGAAUAUGUAAUAUUUGUUUGACAGAUGCUGCUAAUGUUUGGAGCUCAGAGUACACCAAGGACACAUUGCACCAGUUUGGACAAACUUUUGCCUUGAAAUCUACUGAGGACUAUAUCCUAAAACUCAGGUCGGCCUGUGGUAGUGGAGAUGUGUCUGUUGUGGUGCAGGACUCCAGUGCAGAGCUCCAUGUGAGCUCCAGUCCAGUCCAGGUUACCUUAUCCAGGCUGGAAGGCCACCAGGCUGCAAAGGAACUGAAGGAGCUGCUGUUUAGGAUGGCUGACAGCCUUACUCAGGCUGACAGUAAAUGUGGAUCCCCCUCUGUCAGUCACCAAAAUCACCAAAGGCGGCCCGCAGAGUUUGAACCCCAGCAGCAGAAUUGUGCUCCAUCAGUGGCGAUGAAGAAACUAUUUCCAGGGGCUUCUCUCAUCAACCCAGGAACUAAAAGAAAGCGACAGGCGACUGGCGUGGCCUUUGAUGAUGUAGAUGAAGACUGAUCCUUUUUCUCCUCAAUGUUCUCACUGCUGCACAACCAAAGAUGAAUAUUCUUUGAAUCCACUAACACAACAUUUAGUAAAAGUAGUAGAAGAAGAAGAUUUGGAACAUUUGUACAUAUUCAGGUAUUUGCAGACUAGAUUUAACUUUUCCUUGUGUGGUGUGAGGGUCUAAGGACAGAGGCGGUCGUACUACCACUGAGACAAAUGUGUCAUUUGUGAUAUUGGGCUAUAUAAAUAAAUAUGAUUUGAUUUAGACAUUUACACCCAUCUUUACUUUAAUGGGGACAUAUUAAGUUCAUUUUCAGGUUGAUACUUUCUACUAGAACAUGCUUUAAUGUUCAAAAAUCUAAUAAUUUUUCUCAUACUGUCCGCCUGAAUAGACUUUGUUUUAGCGCCGGUCUCUUAAAGCCCACCUCCCCAAAAAGCCCCGUCUGCUCUGAUUGGCUUGUGAAAUAUGUGUAAAGGGUAGUUCUCAAGCCUUGGGUGGAGAUCUUCAGAUGGGCAGCGUUAUAUUGUAAAGAGCAUGCAUGUGACAUAGGAAGGGGAGCCACAUCUGAAUGGUUUCUAUGUUUUCUGACUUGGUUGACUUACUUCACAGUUUGUGGGUUGGUAGGCGCUCCGGUACUUAAAUGUAUGUGCACCAACACUUAAAAGUGAGUUUUCAUAAUAUGUGCCCUGUCAUACAACAAAAUAAAAGCAUAACCAUCAAGCACAAA